CAAAUCAUUUUCUAACCCUAAAUAUACACUUUACAAUUACAUCCCUUUCAAGUUCAACAUCAAUAUCCAUUACACGCGUCUCCUUCGAAUUCGAACCGACUGCUGGUGCAAUAAGACCUGCUCCCACCGGCCGCUGCUAUACUUCAACCUUAUGAUGGACCCAAAGUUCUCCGGGAACCCAGUCCCCACUUCACCAUAUUAUGGUUGUGGUCGGACGGAUAUUGAUCAGAUGCCGGAGACACCCAACCGUGGGAACCACCACCGCCGGGCCAUGUCGGAGACAUUCUUCCGGUUCCCAGACGAAGACAUCCUACUCGACGACGUCGUUGCUGACUUCAACUUCGCAAAUAUAGACCUCCCCUCGUUGUCCUGCGACGCUCCUGUCCCCACCACCACCGAAGAUUCUUCAUCGAAGUCGGAGAGAGAGUCCAACGACGUCAACGCUAGUAAAUUGACGGCGAGGAAGCCGUUGGGGUACAGUUCCCAUCUCAGAAGUCUCUCUGUGGGAUCUGAUUUCUUUGAUGGGCUUGGAUUGAGCUCUCCGGCUGAGCCGGAAAAACUCGGCGUCGGUGUUGGUGCGUAUCGUCAUAGGCACAGUAAUUCGAUGGACGGGUCUGCUGCGACUUCGUUUGAAGGGGAUUCCGUGUUGAUGAUGCUGGAUAAUUCGAAGAAAGCACUCGCACCUGAUAAAUUAGCUGAACUUUCUUUAAUCGACCCCAAGAGAGCUAAAAGGAUUCUUGCGAAUAGACAAUCUGCUGCUCGAUCAAAAGAGAGGAAAACAAGAUAUACUAGCGAAUUGGAAAGGAAAGUGCAGACCCUCCAAACCGAAGCAACAACCCUUUCUGCAGAAGUCGCAAAGCUGCAGCGGGAUACAAGUGGCUUAACAUCCGAAAACAAGGAGCUCAAACUCCGCUUAGAAGCAAUGGAACAACAUGCCCACCUUCGAGACGCUUUGAACGAAGCAUUGAGAGAGGAAGUCCAUCGUCUUAAACGUGAGGCAGGCCAACUGCCACUCAAUAACGGGAUGAACUAUAACACAUCAUUGCCGCCUCAAUACAUGUCACACCGCCAACCACUUCAUCACUUUGGUCAGCAGCCACAGCCACAGCCACAAAAGACGCAAAUGCCCAGUUCAAAUACCAAUGGCAGGCUCAAACCUAGCUUCAUGGACCUCAAUUAAAUGGUAAAAAACACAAAGCAUGGUAACUUCUAUCAUCUUGUAGAUAAAUAUUGAAUAUGGGAUUAUGUACAAGUAUUUAUUAUAAGUAAAGUUUGGGAGGUUAGUCUUUGUACAUAGCUUCUCUAUUUAUUUCUUCUGCAAAUUGUUUGUGUAUGUGAGUUUUAUCCAUCUUAUGGCGAUGCUAUUGUUAUAGGAUGGAUAUUAAUUUAUAGAGAUUUUAUAGCUUCGGAAUGUAAAUGUUAUGAUGUAAUGCUCAUGUUAGUAUACUCGUAUGAAUCGUAUUAUGUUCAAUAAA